ACAUUGUGUGUCAGAUCGGCAUCUACGAAUCAGAUCUCCCGAUGGUAUUCUCCGAGACUACUGUCUGUAUGGAUGCCAACGCUACACAUACUGCUACACAGCUCGACUUCCAGAUGAAUACCUAGACUAUUGCUACCAGAUAAAUGGUUACAGACCGAACAGAAAUGGAAGUGCGGGUGCAGGGCUGGUAGCAGAUUAUCUAUUGAUUGCGGACUACUCAAAGGAACAUUGCGAUCGAAACAUGUUGGCAUACGCAGUACCGUGUCAGUUGGAAGCAGAUUCGGACCGGUAA